AUGUAUGGCGCACCGCUCCCUCCGGCUGGAUCCAGUAUCAAGGAUCCUUUCGCCUGGAAGGAGGCGCUGACGCCUCAGGGCGUUUCUCCUGCAGCUUCUGCCCGCAACUCCAGAGCAGGUUCCAAUGCCAGCACUCCACGCAACCCGCCCACGCCACCUUUGUCACCCGCACCAGGGUCGGCAGCCGGAUCGGCGCGGAGUUCUCGAAGCAAUCUGUCCGGGAGGAGCAUCGGCUCAGGGCGAAUAUACACGCCCACUCCUGCAGAGGCUGCCGUCUGUGGCGCGUAUCCAUCCGGUCCGUUUCCUGAUCUGAGUGCCAGGACUUCCACCUUCUAUACGCCGGAGCCGUCUGCGCGGUCUUCUGACUUUGCCUCGCUGUAUGAUGCUAGUUCUUCCGUGGGUUCAGCUCGCAUAGCUGAACUUGGAAGCUUGUACGAGCAUGGUAUCACGCACAGCCAGCCGCUUCAACGUCGAGAGGCUGAUAGGCGCAAGCAGAAAGCUGUCAUGGCAGCGGCCUUCGAUGCGUUUGCGCCAUCUGCUGAGCCAAGUAGGACCCCGCCACCGCCACCAGGUGCGGUGAGGGAACAGUCCGAGGAAGAGAUGUCUUUAGAUCCUCGACAGGUGUACAGUGCAGCCAGACAUGGCAGGCAUAAGGAAGUGGAGGCAGCUCUUUUGGCUGGCUUCAACCCAGAUUAUGCAGAUUCGUUUGGCAAUCGACUCUUUCAUGUUGCUUGCCAAAAUGGCAACAAGCGAAUAUGCAAGCUUGCCAUCAAGUAUGGUGGCGACAUGGAUGCACAAAACCUGAAAGGCAAUACGGGUCUGCACUUCCUUUUCGCAUAUGGCUAUGCAGACAUUGCGGAGUAUUUCAUUGAGAAGGGUGCAGAUGAUACAAUAGUUAAUGAGACUGGCAAGACCGCCAGAGAGGGCAUUCGCUGA